UGUAUAAGCGCGUCAUUAUCCAAGGCGCACCGACCUUUCCCCCUUCUCCGUCGUCCAUCUUCUUUUGUCUUUCGCCGUUUGUUUCCUUAUUCGGUAUCUUAAUUUUCCGGCGUUGAUCAUCCCCUUCUCCUUCUUGUUAUCUCGAAUUGCCUUUCUUCAGAUCGGAAUUGCUGAUUCCCCCCCCCCCCAAUUGUUUCAGACUGUUAGCUUAUGGUGGUCAUGGUGAUGAUCGUGUGUCUUUGAUGGCGGGGCUUUUAGCUCCAUUGUUUUGAGUGCAUUUGCUCCAUAUUCUUCUGAGUGAGAAUGGCUCAGGGGCAGAAUAGGAAUGUUCUUCAGCCAGGACAGAUGCAGAAUCCUGCUUCCAGUGUUUCUUCUCAGCCUAAUGCAACCACAUCUCGUGAUAAUCUCGGAGUACGGCAGGAUGUGCUCAACAAAAUCUACGCUUGGUUACAGCAGAGGCAGCCUUCAAAGACUGAUGAGGCCUCCAAGGCUAAGUUAUUUGAGAUUGCCAAACGGUUAGAGCAUGCAAUGUUGAGAAUGGCUAAGUCUAAGGACGACUACUUAGAUUUCCGAAAUUUUGAGCUUCGCGUGGAGUCUACUUUGAAACUACUAACUAGCCAGCGUCUCGCUAAUCCUUCAAGCUCGGCCAGUACGAUGGUUCAGACACCUGGGGUUUCGCAUGGAUGGGGUCAGAAUCAUACGGCCACCCCUAUGAUGGAUAUGAGCACAGUCAAUAGUAGUAGUAAUCACUUAUCAGAUGCAACUAGCGAAACUGGAAGGCUAUUGCCAAAUAAUCGCAUGAACGGAGCUUCGAUAAAUUAUGGUCGUCAGCAAUUAUCUGCAGUUGGCCAGAUGAUUCCUACUCCUGGAUUUGACAAUAGUGCUACUACUGAUGUAUAUCAGUCUCAUCGAAAUGAAGAUUAUUCUAGAGAUUCUGGCAAGCGUCUGGCUGCUGGGUCUGACUUUGGAAAUCCAUCUCAGCUGCAGAGGCAACGUCCUACUGGUUCAAAUGACCGUAUGCUUUACAACCUUGAUCACCAGUUGGGAGGUGGUUUCAGGUCAAAUCUUCACCAGAAUACAUCUGGGAUGACCAAUAUUCCUCUAAAUGCUGGUGUAGGGAUGAGCGGGAACAAUGUACACCUUGCUACUGGGGCCAGGACUUCUGAAGGGGUCCCCAGUUCUACGAAUUUUUCAACUUUAUCCCAACCCUUACAGCAGCCUGUCGAUCAGUUGCAGGUGUCACAUGUGAACAGAUACUCAAUGAGCAACGCUAAUACUUUUGCGUCUGGGGAUCUCUAUGGAGUUCUAACAUCAUCUGGCUCAAUGGAAACUCCUGUGGAUAUGAAUUCAAUGAGCCUAAAUCCUAUGCGGAGAGUUGAUGCUUCCUUCGGUAGUAACCAGUCAAGCCUGCAAGUAGUGGAAAACAAUCCAUUGCUAAAAUCUCAACCAUUUCAUCAGUUCGAGAAUGGGAAUUUCCAAUCUUCUUCCAAUUCCAAAGAAAAUUUGGCUCAGGUGAGUCAUCGACCAUUAGAACAUCAAUUCAACCAACAAGCUCAUCAUGCUCAAUACCAGCAACAAGAGCACUUAAUGAACAAUGAAGCUGAUCGUCAAUCUCAGCUAGAUUCAAAUUUCGUUAGUCAAGUUAAGCAUGAACCUCGCGUGGAAUACUACAAUGAAGCUUUUCAGAUGCAGGCUAUAAACAAAGCAGAACCAUCCACGUUGCAAAACCAGUACAAGCAGAACGCUGUCAAAGACGAGUAUGUUGGUGUUCAGAGUGCACCGGUUUGUAGUAGUAGCCAGCUGAAGAUUUCUCCAUCAAUUCCACCACGAACUCAGCAGGCGCCGCAGAUAUCACAAUGGAAAGAUUUGAGCAACCUCUCAGCUGGAGUGCAGCCAGUAUCAGGUCUGGGUCAAUGGCAUUCAUCUUCGCAGAACGUGACACAUCUAUCAAAAAAUUCUAGUGAAGAGAGAGAACGUUUUGGGGUAAGAUUUCCUAUGCAGCAUGAAGGAACUAAUAAUAGUUCGUUUGUAAGAGAGUCUACAAACUGCCAAAAUGUUGCUCCUAAAGGCACCUUGGAGGCUCCACAUCUCCUAGAAGGAAGCAACGCCUUGAGUAAACAGCUGAAUGGAGAUAGUAGUCUAAGUUACAAAAACCAGAGGCGGUGGCUUUUGUUCCUGCUACAUGUACGAAAAUGCAAUGCUGCAGAAGAUAACUGUGAAAGCAAGUAUUGUUUUACUACCAAAACGCUAUUGAAACAUAUCAAUGACUGCAAGUCCCCUGCUUGCGCAUAUCAAUUUUGUCUUCAAACCCGAAAUCUGAUUCAUCAUUACAAGCACUGCAGGAAUGAAGCAUGCCCAGUCUGUGUUUUUGUCAAAAGCUUCAAGGAGAAACAAAAAUUUACCUUCCUCCAAAGAGCUGAGCCUAGCCCAGCUAGUUUAAACCAUGGACCCAAGGAAUCUUUUGAGUCUUUGCUUACUUCUAAUGGAAGAGACUCUAAAGCUGCGUUUGUUGUUGAUGAUUUGCAACCUGCUCCGAAGCGCCUGAAAGUAGAGAAACCCUCCCAAUUUGCUUAUCAUGAAACACCGAGCAUCCCAGCGACAACAUCUGCUGGUGUAAGUGAAGGUCAUUUUUCAGUGGGUUCGCAAGAGAAGGAUAGGCUACAAAGUGAUGUUUGUAAAACGGUCAGAACAAAUGUGCCUAUGAAUGUAGAUAGUUCUGAUUCUAAAAGGAGGCUUGUUCCAGUUUCGCGUGAGCUGGAAAAGCCUGUUUGCAAAGAUACUCCCAUGGGAAGACGUGUUGGUGGUGAAUCUGCAUUUAAAAAUGUUUUAUCAGAGCAAGAAAACCCAAAGCGUACAAACGAAAUAAGCGCACUUAAAGAAGAGAAAGCGGAACAGUCUGUGGGUGCUGUAUCUGUGUCUAAUAACGGGAAGUCAAAGAUCAAAGGAGUCUCACUGAUUGAGCUGUUCACCCCAGAGCAAGUAGAGGAACAUAUCCGUGGUCUUCGUCAGUGGGUAGGCCAGAGUAAAACCAAGGCAGAAAAAAAUAAAGCAAUGGGACUCUCAAUGUCUGAGAACUCUUGCCAGUUAUGUGCUGUUGAGAGGCUUGCAUUUGAGCCAACACCUAUUUACUGCACACCUUGUGGUGCACGUGUCAAGAGAAAUGCUAUGCACUAUACGGUUGUGGUUGGUGAGUCACGGCAUUAUGUCUGCAUUCCUUGUUACAACGAAGCGCGUGCAAACACUGUUUCUGUUGAUGGAACUUCUGUGCCGAAGUCAAGGUUUGAGAAGAAGAAAAAUGAUGAAGAGGUUGAAGAAUCGUGGGUGCAGUGUGAUAAAUGUCAAGCAUGGCAGCAUCAAAUCUGUGCUUUGUUCAACGGCCGUAGGAAUCAUGGGCAAGCAGAGUACACUUGCCCUAAUUGCUAUAUACAAGAAGUGGAACAAGGAGAAAGGAAACCAGUAUCGCAAAGUGUUAUUCUGGGAGCAAAUAGCUUGCCAGCCAGUACUCUUAGCAACCAUUUAGAACAGCGGUUGUUCAAGAAAUUGAAGCAGGAAAGACAGGAGAGGGCUAGACUUCAAGGAAAAAGCUAUGAGGAGGUCCCAGGAGCCGACUCGCUUGUUAUCAGAGUUGUGGCAUCUGUCGACAAAAUACUAGAAGUAAAGCCACGGUUCCUUGACAUUUUUCGAGAAGAUAAUUACUCAUCAGAAUUCCCUUAUAAGUCUAAGGCCGUCCUGUUGUUUCAAAAGAUUGAAGGUGUUGAAGUAUGCUUAUUUGGCAUGUACGUCCAGGAAUUUGGAACAGAUUCUGCGUCUCCCAAUCAGCGACGGGUUUACCUUUCUUAUCUGGACUCAGUUAAGUACUUCAGACCUGACGUUAAAACAGUCUGCCAGCAAGAACUUGAAACUGCUCAAGGUUGGCGUUGCGAAGUAUGCCCUGACUAUGAUGUUUGCAAUGCUUGCUACUCAAAAGGCAUCAACCAUCCACAUAGCUUCAUUAGCCGUCCAUCUGCUACAGAUUCUGUUGUACAGAACACACAAACUAAUCAAAUUCAGGCUGCCCAGUUGAGAGAGCUGUUGCUACACGUGAUGACAUGCUUGAAUGGCCAGUGUCAGUAUCCGAGGUGCCGCAUGACUAAGCUUCUCGUCAGGCAUGGUCUUGCAUGCAAGACCAGAGGUUGCCCACAUUGUAAGAAAAUGUGGGGCCUCUUCCGACUGCAUGCCCGAAACUGCAGAGAUCCCCAAUGCAAAGUAGCCAAAUGCAAAGAAUUGAGAGCUCAUUUUAGUAGAAAGCAGCAACAAGCAGAUUCAAGACGCAGAGCAGCGGUGAUGGAGAUGGUGCGGCAGAGAGCUGCUGAUGCAACAGCCCCCACUCCUGACUGAUGAACAGAUACAUAUUGUUAUCUCUCUAUCAAUGGGGUCAAUGGUUCGUGCCAGAAGUAAGGAUGCAAAUGGCAGGCGAAUCAAGAAAAAUUGAGAUAUUUUUGGUAGACUAAUUUGGAGAUUCAAGAAGCCAGUUUAGGAGAGCUCAUGAGAAAAUGAGCAGAUGCGUCAACUGCUAAUUUAGGUUUCAUGAGGGAGGUACAUAGAUAUUUUUUCCUUACAUUGUAUUCUAAGGUAUAGAGACGUGUGCAUAUGUGAAUUGUGAUUUUGACUUAUAUUUUUUUGGUGAUUCAAUUAAUUGGAAUCCUAUUGAAUUCGACUCAGCUGAAUUGGAUCUUAAUUUACUGAUUGAUCCAUUCGUAUUGUAUAUUGUAGACUUUUUCGCAAAGGUAUAAGCUAAUAAAUUCCUGAUUGUCAA